AUGGUCAACGAGCGGCCGAGGCAAUUCGGAGGGAUUCAGCGCUUCGGUGCCGCUCCUAGACCUGGAAAUGCUCAUCAACCGCAAGGGUCAGCUUCGCCUGCCGCAUCUAGAGCGACUAAGCUAGGCCUAGGUUUAGGCAAAGGAGCGCAGGGACUCGGAAAGGCCAAGGGACUAAAGCGCCAUACGAAAAUCCGACGAGAUAACAUUUACGGUGUUACUAAAGGCGAUAUUCGACGCCUAGCCCGCCGCGGCGGAGUAAAGCGCAUCUCAGCAACUCUUUACGACGACGUGCGCUACGCCCUGAAAGAACGGCUCACUUCUAUCUUGAAAGACGUCGUCACGAUUGUCGAGCUAGGCGCCCGCAAAACUGUAACCAUCACAGAUAUCAUCUUCGUUCUUAACAGGCAAGGGCGUACGUUAUACGGCUUCGACCCGUCAUUUACGGGCAGACGCUGA